ACUGUAACUUUUAUAUUAAACACUUUCAUAGAUGCAAAUAUUUGUUAAGACCCUCACGGGGAAAACUAUCACCCUUGAAGUAGAAAGCGAUAAUACGAUUCAACAUGUGAAACAAAAACUUCAGGAUAAGGAAGGUAUACCACCAGAUCAACAACGACUAAUAUUUGCUGGUAAACAACUUGAAGAUGGUCGCACACUAUCUGACUACAACAUCCAGAAAGAGUCUACAUUACAUCUGGUACUUCGACUUCGAGGUGGGAUGCAAAUAUUUGUGAAAACAUUAACGGGCAAAACUAUAACACUUGAAGUCGAGUCUGGUGACACUAUUGAUCAAGUGAAACAAAAAAUACAAGAUAAAGAGGGUAUACCACCAGAUCAGCAACGACUGAUAUUUGCUGGUAAACAACUUGAAGAUGGUCGCACACUAUCUGACUACAACAUCCAGAAAGAGUCUACAUUACAUCUAGUACUUCGACUUCGAGGUGGGAUGCAAAUAUUUGUGAAAACAUUAACAGGUAAAACUAUAACACUUGAAGUCGAGUCUGGUGACACUAUUGAUCAAGUGAAACAAAAAAUACAAGACAAAGAGGGUAUACCACCAGAUCAGCAACGACUAAUAUUUGCUGGUAAACAACUUGAAGAUGGUCGUACACUAUCUGACUAUAACAUCCAGAAAGAGUCUACGUUACAUCUAGUACUUCGACUUCGAGGUGGGAUGCAAAUAUUUGUGAAAACAUUAACAGGUAAAACUAUAACACUUGAAGUCGAGUCUGGUGACACUAUUGAUCAAGUGAAACAAAAAAUACAAGAUAAAGAGGGUAUACCACCAGAUCAGCAACGACUAAUAUUUGCUGGUAAACAACUUGAAGAUGGUCGCACACUAUCUGACUACAACAUCCAGAAAGAGUCUACGUUACAUCUAGUACUUCGACUUCGAGGUGGGAUGCAAAUAUUUGUGAAAACAUUAACAGGUAAAACUAUAACACUUGAAGUCGAGUCUGGUGACACUAUUGAUCAAGUGAAGCAAAAAAUACAAGACAAAGAGGGUAUACCACCAGAUCAGCAACGACUAAUAUUUGCUGGUAAACAACUUGAAGAUGGUCGUACACUAUCUGACUACAACAUCCAGAAAGAGUCUACAUUACAUCUAGUACUUCGACUUCGAGGUGGGAUGCAAAUAUUUGUGAAAACAUUAACAGGUAAAACUAUAACACUUGAAGUCGAGUCUGGUGACACUAUUGAUCAAGUGAAACAAAAAAUACAAGAUAAAGAGGGUAUACCACCAGAUCAACAACGACUAAUAUUUGCUGGUAAACAACUUGAAGAUGGUCGCACACUAUCUGACUACAACAUCCAGAAAGAGUCUACAUUACAUCUAGUACUUCGACUUCGAGGUGGGAUGCAAAUAUUUGUGAAAACAUUAACAGGUAAAACUAUAACACUUGAAGUCGAGUCUGGCGAUACUAUUGAUCAAGUGAAACAAAAAAUACAAGAUAAAGAGGGUAUACCACCAGAUCAGCAACGACUAAUAUUUGCUGGUAAACAACUUGAAGAUGGUCGCACACUAUCUGACUACAACAUCCAGAAAGAGUCUACAUUACAUCUAGUACUUCGACUUCGAGGUGGGAUGCAAAUAUUUGUGAAAACAUUAACGGGCAAAACUAUAACACUUGAAGUCGAGUCUGGUGACACUAUUGAUCAAGUGAAACAAAAAAUACAAGAUAAAGAGGGUAUACCACCAGAUCAACAACGACUGAUAUUUGCUGGUAAACAACUUGAAGAUGGUCGUACACUAUCUGACUACAACAUCCAGAAAGAGUCUACAUUACAUCUAGUACUUCGACUUCGAGGUGGGAUGCAAAUAUUUGUGAAAACAUUAACGGGCAAAACUAUAACACUUGAAGUCGAGUCUGGUGACACUAUUGAUCAAGUGAAACAAAAAAUACAAGACAAAGAGGGUAUACCACCAGAUCAACAACGACUAAUAUUUGCUGGUAAACAACUUGAAGAUGGUCGUACACUAUCUGACUACAACAUCCAGAAAGAGUCUACAUUACAUCUAGUACUUCGACUUCGAGGUGGGAUGCAAAUAUUUGUGAAAACAUUAACAGGUAAAACUAUAACACUUGAAGUCGAGUCUGGCGAUACUAUUGAUCAAGUGAAACAAAAAAUACAAGAUAAAGAAGGUAUACCACCAGAUCAGCAACGACUAAUAUUUGCUGGUAAACAACUUGAAGAUGGUCGUACACUAUCUGACUACAACAUCCAGAAAGAGUCUACAUUACAUCUAGUACUUCGACUUCGAGGAGGCUUUUGAGUUUUGUCAAACUGAUUAAAAGUUUAAUGAAUUUUUAUAUCGA